GGCUAGAGGGACAGGAAGGAAGUCUGAGGAGAGACAAUAGGUGGAAGGGGAGGAGGAACUGGGAAUGACCAGGAUUAGGAUGUCCACCCUGAAGCUCAGCUCUGGAAACCAGUCAAUGGCCUGAGAGCCCAUGGCUGCCCCUCAGGACCUGGACAUCGCUGUGUGGUUGGCUGAGGUGCAUCUGGAGCAGUAUGCAGACACUUUCCGACAGCAUGGCCUAACUACAGCUGGUGCAGCCCAACGCCUAGGCCACGAAGAGCUGAGGCAUUUGGGCAUCAGUGCAACUGGACACCGGAAACGCAUCCUGCGCCUGUUGCAGGCAGGCUCUGAGGGUUCUCUGGAUUCCCAGGUGGAUAGUACCAUGGAGUCAUCUCCAAGCCCAGCCCCGGAUGACCAACCCCCCAAGCCUGUGCCCAAGCCCAGGACAGUGUUUGGGCUCAGUGGCUCUGCCACUGCCCAGAGGCCUGGACUAAGCCCAACCUUCUGGGAUCCAGAAGUAUCCAGGGACUCAGGGUGCAGCCAGAGGUCUUCUCCUCUCCUUCCUUCCUCCUCUGAACAGCCUUCAGUCCUGAAAACCAUGGAGAUGAUGCCCAAUGCUAUCUACUUUGGCCUGGACUUAAGAGGUGGGGCCCAGGCAGCUCAGGACAUGACUCCAGACAGUUCCCAGGCAACUGCCCCAACCCCUGCCUUCAGGCCCACAAUAGGCACAGUGCACAUCAUGGAUCCUGGUUGCCUGUACUAUGGUGUCCAGCCUGUGGGGGUCCCAGGAGCCCCUGACAGGAGAGAGGGCAGAGGUGUCUGUCAGGAUAGAGCUGAACACAGCAGGCAGGAUCUGGAGACACGGGAGGAUGCUGGCUAUGCCAGCCUUGAGCUACCUGGGGACUCCAUCCUUUCGAUACCCACCAGGGAUGCAGAAGAGGCCAGUGAUGACCUCAUUUCACCCUAUGCCAGCUUCUCCUCCACAGCAGAUCGUCCAAUGCCUCUGCUCAGCGGCUGGCUGGACAAGCUCUCACCUCAGGGAAAUUACGUGUUCCAGAGGCGUUUUGUGCAGUUCAACGGAAGGAGUCUGAUGUACUUCGGCAGUGACAAGGACCCCUUCCCCAAAGGUGUGAUCCCUCUGACUGCCAUCGAGAUGACCCGAAGCAGCAAGGACAACAAAUUCCAGGUUAUCACAGGCCAGAGAGUAUUUGUGUUCCGCACAGAGAGUGAGGCUCAACGUGACAUAUGGUGUUCCACACUGCAAUCCUGCCUAAAGGAGCAGCGCCUCCUGGGCCACCCCCGCCCCCCUCACCCACCACGACCCCUCCGUACUGGCAUGUUGGAGUUGCGUGGACACAAGGCUAAGGUGUUUGCUGCCUUGAUCCCUGGAGAGUUGGCAUUGUACAAGAGUGAGCAGGCCUUCUCUCUGGGCAUUGGGAUCUGCUUCAUUGAACUGCAAGGCUGCAGUGUCCGAGAGACCAAGAGUCGAAGCUUCGACCUGCUCACACCCCAUCGUUGCUUCAGCUUCACAGCCGAGUCUGGGGGGGCUCGACAGAGCUGGGCGGCCGCUCUACAAGAAGCAGUAACCGAGACCCUGUCUGACUACGAGGUGGCUGAGAAGGUCUGGUCAAAUCGGGCAAACCGACACUGUGCAGACUGCGGGGCCUCCCGCCCGGAUUGGGCUGCCGUCAACCUGGGGGUAGUGAUCUGCAAGCAGUGUGCAGGUCAGCACCGGGCCCUGGGCUCUGGGAUCUCCAAGGUGCAGAGCCUGAAACUGGACACGAGUGUUUGGAGUAAUGAGAUAGUUCAGUUGUUCAUUGUCCUGGGAAACGAUCGUGCCAACAGCUUCUGGGCAGGGGCACUACCUCCAGGUGAAGGGCUGCAUCCAGAUUCAGCCCCUGGCCCUCGGGGAGAGUUCAUCUCCCGAAAGUAUAAGCUGGGUCUCUUCCGGAAGCCCCAUCCUCAGCAUCCAGAUCAUAGCCAGCUUCUUCAGGCACUGUGUACAGCUAUGGCAGGACCCAAUUUGCUAAAGAACAUGACCCAGCUCCUCUGUGUAGAAGCCACUGAGGGAGAGGAGCCCUGGUCACCUUCAGCCCUCAAUGGCAACUUGUAUAGUCUUCUACCAUCAGACUCUUCUCCUGGAGUAUACAAUGAGGUGGUAGUGCCUGCCACUUACAGAAGUUUCCUGUACUGUGGUCCCAUCAGCAACAAAGCUGGAGCCCCACCCCUGCGCAGGGGCAGGGAUGCUCCUCCCCGCCUGUGGUGUGUGCUGGGAGCUGCCCUGGAAAUGUUUGCAUCAGAGAACAGCCCCGAACCCCUCAGCCUUCUCCAGCCCCAGGAUGUUGUAUGUCUGGGUGUAAGCCCCCCACCUGCUGAUCCAGGUGACCUUGACAGGUUUCCAUUUUCCUUUGAACUCAUCCUCACUGGGGGACGAAUCCAGCAUUUUGCCACAGACGGAUCGGACAGUCUGGAGGCCUGGGUCAGUGCAGUGGGCAAGUGGUUUGCCCCGCUCAGCUGUCACCAACUGCUGGGUCCUGGGUUGCUGCGGAUGGGACGCCUGUGGCUACGGUCCCCCUCCCAUGCAGGCCCGGCCCCUGGACUCUGGUUAUCGGGGUUCGGCCUCCUUCGUGGUGACCACCUCUUCCUGUGUCCAGCGCCAGGCCCUGGUCCCCCAGCCCCUGAGGACAUGGUGCAUUUGCGGCGUCUACAGGAGAUCAGUGUGGUUUCUGCAGCUGAAACUCCAGAUAAAAAGGAGCAUUUGGUCCUGGUAGAGACAGGAAGGACCCUGUAUCUGCAGGGGGAAGGUCGGCUAGACUUUGCAGCAUGGAACACAGCCAUUGGGGGUGCUGCUGGAGGGGGUGGCACAGGGCUGCAGGAGCAGCAGAUGAGCCGGGGUGACAUCCCUAUCAUUGUGGACUCUUGCAUCAGUUUUGUCACACAGCAUGGGCUCCGUCUGGAAGGUGUAUAUCGGAAAGGGGGUGCUCGGGCCCGUAGCCUGCGACUCUUGGCUGAGUUUAGGCGGGAUGCCCGGUCAGUGAAGCUCCGACCACGGGAACACUUUGUAGAAGACGUUACUGACACACUCAAACGCUUCUUUCGAGAGCUUGAUGACCCUGUGACCUCUGCUAGGUUGCUGCCUCGCUGGAGGGAGGCUGCAGAGCUUCCCCAGAAGAAUCAGCGCUUGGAGAAAUACAAAGAAGUGAUUGGCUGCCUGCCUCGAGUCAACCGCCGAACACUGGCCACUCUCAUUGGGCAUCUCUAUCGGGUACAGAAGUGUGCGUCUCUAAACCAGAUGUGCACACGAAACCUGGCCCUGCUGUUUGCACCUAGUGUGUUCCAGACAGAUGGGCGUGGGGAGCAUGAGGUGCGGGUACUGCAGGAGCUCAUCGAUGGCUACAUCUCUGUCUUUGAUAUUGACUCUGACCAGGCAGCUCAGAUUGACUUGGAGGUCAGCCUCAUCACCACCUGGAAGGAUGUGCAGUUGUCUCAGGCUGGAGACCUCAUCAUGGAGGUUUAUAUAGAACAGCAGCUCCCAGAUAAUUGUGUCACCCUAAAGGUGUCCCCAACACUGACUGCUGAGGAGCUGACUAAUCAGGUGCUGGAGAUGCGAGGGACAACAUCAGGGACAGACUUGUGGGUGACAUUUGAAAUUCUUGAACACGGAGAGCUUGAGAGGCCCCUGCACCCCAAAGAAAAGGUCCUAGAGCAGGCCCUGCAGUGGUGCCAGCUCCCAGAGCCCUGCUCAGCCUCUCUGCUCCUGAGAAAAGUCUCCAUGGCACACGCUGGCUGCCUUUUCACAGGAGUCCGUCGUGAGAGCCCUCGGGUGGGGCUGCUACGGUGUCGUGAGGAGCCACCUCGCUUGUUGGGGAGCCGCUUCCAGGAGAGGUUCUUUUUGGUUCGUGGUCGCUGCCUUCUGUUGCUCAAAGAGAAGAAGAGCUCUAAACCAGAACGGGAGUGGUCUCUGGAAGGGGCCAAGGUCUACUUGGGAAUCCGUAAGAAGUUAAAACCUCCAACACCGUGGGGCUUCACUUUGAUACUGGAUAAGAUGCACCUCUGUCUGUCCUGCACUGAUGAAGAUGAGAUGUGGGACUGGACCACAAGCAUUCUUAAAGCCCAGCACGAUGACCAGCAGUCAGUGGUUUUACGUCGUCGUUCCUCCUCUGAUCUUGCUCGUCAGAAGUUUGGCACUAUGCCCUUGCUGCCCAUUCGAGGGGAUGAUAGUGGAGCCACUCUUCUCUCUGCCAAUCAGACCCUGCGGCGGCUACACAACCGGAGGACCUUAUCCAUGUUCUUUCCAAUGAAGUCACCCCAGGGGUCUGUGGAGGAACAAGAUGAGCUGGAGGAGCCUGUGUAUGAAGAGCCAGUGUAUGAGGAGGUUGGGGCUUUCCCGGAGCUUACCAAGGACACAGCUGCCUUCUCUUCCACAUGGGAGUGGACAGCCAAGUCAGAGACACCCCUUGCCAGCCACAGGUCCUUUGAUCAAACCCCCGUCUCCAAAGCAAGCAUUUUGGGCCAGGAGGAGAGGACACCCAACUCUUCUCCAGGCCCCGCUUCAAAGAGUGGUCCUCAGGCACGGGGUUCCCUGGAAGAACAGCUGCUCCAGGAGCUCAACAACCUCAUCCUGAGGAAGGGAGAGCCUGCCACAUGUCCAGAAAGCCCUGCCCAGCCAACCAGUCCCCAAGUCUCCAGCCCCACCAGCAUUCCAACACAGGCACCCAGUUUACCUACCCAAACUCCCUCCACCUCUAGCCCAGCCUCUAGCCAGCCUCUCACUUGACUCUAGGGCCAGCAGUUGAGGAGGUAGGGUAACCAAAGGAGAAGCCAGGCUCUUACCAUGGGAGCUGCUUCUGCCCUGGAUGGACAACUCUGGAAUCCAGUAUGGUACCAUGGAAGGAGCACUGGACUGAGAGCCCUGGAGACUGUGUGUCUCAGGAAGUCACUAAAGUAAGGAAAGGAGCAAACAGCAAACUCUACUUCUGAGCUAUAAGCCCUAAUAUUUUUCCUCAAUAAGAGCAGCUCCUGCUUUAUAUAUUUGAUAAAGUGGUUCAGUGAGAAGUUUGGGGAAUAAGGAUGGUUGUACUGCAUUAAUGAAAAGCCUAAAUUUGGAAGCUAGAGAUAUGCAUGGCGUCCAAAUAUAUCUUAUUCCACUUCCCAUGUACUGGAACCACCCUCAAGCCCUAAAGUAGGGUGAUCGAUUGAGGUUGGGAACUGGGGCAAAGGGGAGCCAAAAAAGAAUGGGUCUCUAUUAAUAAACUUUGGAACCAAA